AUGUUCCAUCUUGAUUCCAUUCUUGACAGAGGAAAAUCAACUCACAAGUCUACUCCAUCGGAACUUGAUGAGCUUGAACUUAUAGAGGAUCAUUUAAAGUCACAACCGGAACUGCUGGCGGUGGAUCUGAAUCCCGACCCUGAAUCACUUCCUUCUGAAGUCGAGCUACCAGCAUGUCCUGAUUUGUCAAUAACUAAUAGGCCAGUGGAGCACUCCGACUCAACUCGACUUGGGCAGUUUGAUGCCUCUAGCGAUGUCAAACUAAAUCCUUCGGCUAGUCAAGACAUCGAUUCAGAAACAGAUGAGAGGAAUAGAUUACCUGACUUAGCGCUUCCAAUUGCUGAAGAGGACGCCGAGGAUGAAGAUGAAGAAGACGAUGAUGAUGAAGAUGAAGAUAACAAUGCUACUGGA